AUGACAGAAGAUACAGCAAAGGUUAAUACGUUAGUUUUAGAUGCUGGUCCUUUAAUCACGCAACCAGCUAUUGGACUUCAGCAACUUGCCCAUAGCUUUUACACCACUCCUGGUGUCUAUAAUGAACUAAGAGAUGAACGAGUUCGUUCCCAAUUACCAAUUUGGUCUGACAGGCUACAAGUGAGACAGCCUAGAGCAUCAUCAAUAAAGGCUAUUUCAGACUUUGCUAAAUUGACGGGUGAUUAUGCUGUACUUUCUAUGAAUGAUGUUCAUCUUAUGGCCCUUACCUACGAAUUGGAGUGCGAGCUCAAUAAUGGAGAUGGUCGACUGAGAAAAUAUCCUGGAGGUAAGAGAAACAACGAGGUUGAAGAAAAAGAAGAUAAUAAAGACGGUAAUAAAACCAUUGAAAGUAAUGGCGUGGAAGAAAAACCAACAGAAGAUGAUGGAUGGACCACAGUUCGUAAGGCUGUUCCCAAGAAGGUGAGCAAAAAGAAGGGAGAGAAUCAUAACAAGAAAAGUACUUCUAAAAAAGUGGACAGCACGGUGGGGAGUGAGAAAGAUUCAGCCGGAGAAGCCACUGUCGAAAGUAUCUCAAACAGUAAGCCAAGCAAUGACGAUGAUGAUGAUGAUGGUGAUUGGAUCACUCCAGAUAACUUGAUCGAAACAAUGAUGAAAAAUAAAAAUGAAAGUAUAGAAACUGAUAAAGUAUCAGUUGAAAAGAUGAAGGUUGCAAUAGCAACAGGUGACUUUGCUAUUCAAAAUGUAUCCCUUCAAAUUGGUCUUAACCUCAUAAAUGCCAUGUCGGGAAUGAGAAUUAAGAGAGUGAGAAAUUAUAUGUACAGAUGCCACGCUUGCUUUACACUUACGCCUAUGCCUAAGGACGGUACGCCAAAGCAUUUCUGUCCGAAUUGUGGAGGUGCCACUUUGAUGAGAUGUACCGUGUCCGUUGAUUCAAAAACUGGUGAAGUGAAGCCGUUUUUAAAGAAGAACUUUGAAUGGCAUACUAAGGGUAAUGUCUACUCUAUUCCAUCUCCUCUAUCCAAAAACUCAGCGAAGCGGUACGGAAGGAAAGGUUAUCAACACAGAGGUAAUCCAAACAUUGAGGACUUAUUUCUUAGAGAAGAUCAAAAGGAAUAUCAACAGGCCUUGAAGAACGCAGAAUGGCAGAGGAGACAGAACGAGAAAGCUAUGGAUGAUUUUGUUGGAGGAGGUUCCGCAGAUAAUAUUGUAUCGCCAUUUUUAGCAGGUAACGGACUGAGACCCGUCAAGGUGUUUGUUGGUAAGGGAAAGAACGCCAAUGCACCUAGAAAGCAGAGAAAAUGA